AUGAUGCGGCGUGACGUGCGAUCCGAAACCGCCGUGGAAUGUCCGCCAGUGUCCACCCUUAUCUCCUCUCCUCGCCAAAGAAUCCGUUACCUUGGCAUUACAUGCCGUUGUCCCAUCCCCCCAUCGUUUGGUCUUGCCCUCUCAACGGCCCACCUUCUCCCUAUCUCCCCGCUUCCCGCAGUGGCGCCAUUGGCGGCGUGCGCGGCGGCAUGGGGGGUGGCGUUCUUAGACUCCUCGGACCCCAUGGAUUGCGGGAUCGCCAUCAACAUCACAUGCGACGCCGCCGGCAUGGUCGACUGGAUUGAUCUAGACAACAACGCAUUGACAGGGUCCAUCCCCUCCACCAUCAGCCACCUCACACGCCUGCUCUACCUCGACCUGAGUUACAACCAGCUCUCUGGCUCCAUACCCACCGCCAUCGACGGCCUUCUCUCAAUCACUGAGCUCAACUUUCGCAACAACAGGCUGAGUGGCAGCAUCCCUGCCGUUAUUGGCAAUCUCACCACACUCAAUGACCUCUACCUGUCGUCGAACCAGCUGAACGGGUCCCUGCCCGCCCAGAUAGGCAACCUGCACCAACUCUCCACGCUGGACGUCAUAUCAGGCAACCAGCUGUCUGGCGUGGUACCACCUGUGCUCGGAGGCAUUCCCCUCGGAACCCUUUCGAUCUACGAGUCAAACCUCACGUGUCCCACGGGGGGAUCCUGCCAGCUAAAGCAGGACCCCAUGUCCGCCUUCUGCCUCGAGUGCCCCGACUUCUGCGCCUCCUGCACGCCCUCCCCUGGUGCUGCCCUCCCCUGGUGCUGCCCUCCCCUGGUGCUGCCCUCCCCUGGUGCUGCCCUCCCCUGGUGCUGCCCUCCCCUGGUGCUGCCCUCCCCUGGUGCUGCCCUCCCCUGGUGCUGCCCUCCCCUGGUGCUGCCCUCCCCUGGUGCUGCCCUCCCCUGGUGCUGCCCUCCCCUGGUGCUGCCCUCCCCUGGUGCUGCCCUCCCCUGGUGCUGCCCUCCCCUGGUGCUGCCCUCCCCUGGUGCUGCCCUCCCCUGGUGCUGCCCUCCCCUGGUGCUGCCCUCCCCUGGUGCUGCCCUCCCCUGGUGCUGCCCUCCCCUGGUGCUGCCCUCCCCUGGUGCUGCCCUCCCCUGGUGCUGCCCUCCCCUGGUGCUGCCCUCCCCUGGUGCUGCCCUCCCCUGGUGCUGCCCUCCCCUGGUGCUGCCCUCCCCUGGUGCUGCCCUCCCCUGGUGCUGCCCUCCCCUGGUGCUGCCCUCCCCUGGUGCUGCCCUCCCCUGGUGCUGCCCUCCCCUGGUGCUGCCCUCCCCUGGUGCUGCCCUCCCCUGGUGCUGCCCUCCCCUGGUGCUGCCCUCCCCUGGUGCUGCCCUCCCCUGGUGCUGCCCUCCCCUGGUGCUGCCCUCCCCUGGUGCUGCCCUCCCCUGGUGCUGCCCUCCCCUGGUGCUGCCCUCCCCUGGUGCUGCCCUCCCCUGGUGCUGCCCUCCCCUGGUGCUGCCCUCCCCUGGUGCUGCCCUCCCCUGGUGCUGCCCUCCCCUGGUGCUGCCCUCCCCUGGUGCUGCCCUCCCCUGGUGCUGCCCUCCCCUGGUGCUGCCCUCCCCUGGUGCUGCCCUCCCCUGGUGCUGCCCUCCCCUGGUGCUGCCCUCCCCUGGUGCUGCCCUCCCCUGGUGCUGCCCUCCCCUGGUGCUGCCCUCCCCUGGUGCUGCCCUCCCCUGGUGCUGCCCUCCCCUGGUGCUGCCCUCCCCUGGUGCUGCUCACCCAAUGCCAUCCUAUCACAUCCUUCGUCAUCCUCCCUCUGCCAUUUCCUUCUCAAACAUCUGCCGCUCCCCUCUCCCUGCGCCCGUAUUCCCCCCACCACGUGUCCCCCGCUCCCCGCCCGCAGCAGCUUUCCCUCCCCUCGUCUCUCCACCCUCUCCCCCUCUGCUUUCUCUCUCCUCCCCACCUCCCAGAAUCACUCUCUCUCCUCCUGUACUUACCACUUCCCCUCCUCCCGAGCUCUCUCUCUCGCCACCUGCCCACCCAUCCCAACCCUCGCCCUCCACCUCUCCAUCCUCUAUCCCUCCUCCUUCUCCUUCUCCUCCGCUCCCCUCCUCCCCAUCUGUGCCUCCAACCAACAGCAGCAGCAGCAGCAGCAGCAGCAGUGGUGGUGGGGUUUCAGUGGCAGUGGUGGCAGGAGUAGCAGCAGCAGCGGUGUGCGUGGUGGUGCUGCUGCUGCUGCUUGGGUUUUGCUGGUGGAGAAGCAAGAAGAAGAAGCAGCAUGUUCCGUCUGGACAAGGAGAAGGAGCAAUGGCAGCAGCCAAGCCAUCCCUGGAGGCCACAAACUGCAGCGGCAGCGACAGCAAGCAUCUCAACAACAGCAGCAGCAACAGCUCUGCCCCAUACCAGCCAGUGACACCUCUAGGGUCCACGGACGCGCCGCCCCUGUUCCACCAGUUUGCUCUGCGUGAACUGGAGGCAGCCACGCAGUGCUGGUCGCCUGACUGCAAGAUCGGCAGCGGGGCGUUUGGUGACGUGUACCGGGGGGUGUGCCCUGGGAAUGCGGGCGUGGUGUGGGCCGUGAAGCGCGCGAGGAUCAUCAGUGCUGACUUCAGGCGCGAGGUGGAUCAGAUGGCGACGAAGCACCAUCCCAACUUGGCCGCCCCUCUCCUAGCUGCCGACGACCUCACACCACUCCUACACCCCUCGUUACAACAAGCACAGCCACCAGGCACCCUCUCCAGCAGCACCCUCAGUCACGAGCAGCAGCUGCGGCUCACAAAGGCACUCACAGAGCUAGGUCUGGCAUGCACGCGUGUGCCCACGGCCACCCGCCCCUCCAUGGCGUCUCUCAUCUCCUCCCUCUUCUCCCUCAAGCUCGAGUUCUUGGGCACGCGGGAUGGCGCCAGGGAUGGCAGUGGGGGGCGCAAGGGGUAUGGGAAUGCAGGUGCUGCUGGUGGCGCUGGUGGGGGUGCUGCUGGUGGUGUCAUGGGAAGGGUUAUUCACGAGGAGGGCGAGGGGGAUGGUGCGCUGGAGCUAUCAGGCGGUGUUGGUGCAGGGGCUGGUGGGGUAGGAGCAGGAGCAGGAGCGGGUGGGUUGGCAGGGGCAGCAGGAGAAGCGCCUGGGAAGCUGAAGGGUGAGGGAGGGGGGAUGGGGGGCGAUGUGGGGUUGCAGGAGAGUGCAGAGGAGGUGGACCGGGCAUUCAUGGAGGGGUUGAAGGAGCAGGGGCGCACUCUGGAUGAAGAGCUGUCCAUCCUGAACCACAUGCUCGUCAUGUCUGCCGUGCAGCACAGCGGCAUGCAUCUGUCCUCCUCGUCUGCCUUGCCAUCCGAGGAGCAUUCCGGGCGUGGUGGCUUCUGA